UUGGACGCUGGGAUACAGUUGUCAGUCCAUGAACUGGAUGAAUAUGUUCAGCAGUGUAAACGCAUGUACCUGACUUCACAUGACAAACCACAGGCCUAUCAGAAAUUCCUUCUCAAGCGGCUUGUCGAGCUACGAAGACUUUUACACAACAUGAAGGAACGUGAGCACCACCUAGGCAUGUACACGGAUGUCCAGAGUCCCACUGAGGUAGCCCCAUCCGCCUCGCCAACAAUUGUGAAAGGUCAUACAUUCCAUGCGAUUUCUGCCCUUCGUCUUCUAUGGAAAGUUUGCGAGUCUUGUUGUCGGAGUGUCAAGUCGCCGGCGGGCAGUGUCCUCCUGUGUCGCGCUUGCUCCGUUGCCUGCCACGACUCCCCAGCAUGCGUUCGCGGUCUCCUCCGCUCGUGCCCCGCCUCGACUAUACAGACUGUGGAGGCUUCUAAACUAUCCUACCUUGGCGCCAGUCUGUCGAAACAGUCCUGGCAUUGCUGGAGCUGUCGCGUUCGUCUUCGUCCGCCUCAAUUAGAUCAACUUCCGUCACGGACCGUGUCUCCACACGAUGCUUUCUCAAGUCAUCAUCGCCACUCUCCUCCAUCUGCCGAAAUGCUCGAAAGCAUCAGGAGGCUGGAGCACGCGUCGACAGCGGAGAAGUUCAACCUCAAAUGCCUAAGCAAGGUGAUGGAAGAAGUAGCUGGUUUGUAUUCAUCCAAAUUGGGCCCUGUGCUGACCCACACAGACGCGAGGGUUGUUGCAAGUUGCGUCCAGGAGGCGGGACCGACAGACACGAGUCCGGCCCAACUCUGCUACUACUCAGGAAAAUUUUUUUGUGCAAAUUGUCAUUGGGGUGACCUGUGGCAAAUACCAGCCAAUAUUUUCACCCUUGGCGUUACCACCCCUCAUCCGGUCUCGCGUGAUGCUUUUAUCAGCCUCGAAUACAUGUGGUCGCGCCAAAAAUUUCGGGCUCCGGAGGCCUGGCAUCGUUGGAACCCACAAGCCGUGCUGGCAGGCAGUCUUCGGGUGCGUGGUCACCGUCUUCUCGAAACGUACUUUCGUGUUUGUGGUGAAGCCGCCAAGUAUCGAGGCAAAUUGGAAGAAAGCCAACCAACGUGGCUGUUAGAAGAACCCUUCGUAUAUACCAUGUGGACAGUGGAACAGGUUCUGGAUGGGUCGCUAAUUUCACUCCUGGAGGAAUUGUUGCAAGAAAUCGAGGACCAUGUGAAUGCCUGUGUGGUGAGUUUGAGUAAUGUUAACGAUGACGUCGUGAUUUGUAUGCACUCAUGUGAUCAACUUGCCGCGGCUGUGGAUCUGGUUUCUACAGCGCAAUCCCAUGCUUCUCGCCCACCUUCGUCCACGUUGAGUCGUGGACCGUGGUCUGUACUGUUGGUGGUUUAUUGUGUGUUCGAGUAUAGUUAA